AUGGCACACGAUGGAGCGUAUCAUCAUUUCGAAGAAGAUGAUCCGAUGCAGCAGUCAGUCUUCAUGUCUGACAGCCUCGAGAUCCCCAUUACAGAUCCACCCCUGUAUAGAUGCGCAGAGCAGACGGAGCCGACUGGGGACUCUAUCCAAAUCGAGACUCAGAUAGGAAUCAGCACAGUGACCUGGGAGGAUGCCAGUAACCAUGUGCAAAGCGAAAAUGGCCUGGAUCUCGACAUUUUCUUGGAUACCCCCGCAAGCAUGGCCCUGUUCAGGCUACACGGUGACCUCCAGCUCACACAUAAACACAUCGUCACUAGUAGACAGCCUGUUUACCUGUUCGUCUAUCCCGAGGAUAUUGAGAGUAUCAACUUCGAAGCUGCCACGGAGACGGCGCCGUUUGAUACGCUGCGCUUCAAGUUGCGACGGAACCCUUAUCUGGUAGCCCCAAGAGAUAGCGUUCUGCCGCCAAAUUCCAGUGACAUACCUUUGCAUAGGUCAAUCCAAGCUCUCGCCACCGCAACCGAGAUCAACGUCCGAAUUGACAGUUCAGGCACGAACUUGCUAUCACAAGCAGACCUGGGCAAGAUCGCCGCUGCUUUCUCGCCCAACCACAAGAUGCUUAUAGACGCAAGGCGUGCCAACCUCGAUGCGCUGUACGCCCACGAGAGUGGCGAGGUCCUCAACCUGGGCAAGCCUGCCAAAAGCCUGGAAGUGUUUUACUCUUCAUCUAACGAUGCUGAUUUUGCUGAGGAUGCCACCACCGCCCGUGUUCGCAUUCCAUCUAUACCUGAAGACAUCAUGACUCGCUUUGGCACUAUAAACAACGGCCUGAACUCUUUGUGCAAGCUUCUAGACGGCAUGAAUACCAGACUGCAGCGGCUUGAAAAAAUGACUGCGGCUGCACUGGACGCUGAGUAUAACCCGCUUUUGCACGGACCGGAAGAGACUGCGCAGAUGCUAGACGAAGUCAGCAGGUUGGUCGACCAGGGUAUUGUGGAGUUUAAGACAGAAUGCGAAGAAGUAGCCAAGGAGACGCUGAGCGAGCUUCGAAAUGAAUUCGACACCAUGUCGGCACAGUUGAGAGGCGAGACGGCGAAGAAGAGUUGA